UGAUCCAAUGUUGUAUUCAUCCAUUUGUAGUCGAUUUAAUCUCUAAGAAUUUAGAAUUUCCAAAUUGAACUUAUUUUGAGAGCUUCUGGCGAGAGCUGCCAAAAUGGCCAAAUUUUGGCCUCAUUUUGUUUAUUAUGCCUUGGCAUUAUGUUUGGUAGCCGCUGAAGUUGUUGCUAGUAGUUACUCUCCACCACCACCACCUUAUCUCUAUACCUCCCCACCACCUCCAUUCUCACCACCACCACCACCUCCAUACUCUCCUUCACCAUCAUCAUCUCCACCACCACCUCCAUACUCUCCUUCACCGUCACCGUCACCAUCACCAUCUCCACCACCAUCUCCUCCCCCACCAUCGCCGCCACCUCCACACUCACCUCCACCACCACCAUCUCCGCCUCCACCAUCACCCCCACCACCACCAUCUCCACCUCCACCAUCACCCCCACCACCACCAUCUCCACCUCCACCAUCACCUCCACCACCUCCUCCAUCGCCUCCACCACCAUCACCACCUCCGCCUCAUCACAAGUCUCCACCACCACCAUCACCUCCUCCUCCAUACAUUUACAGAUCACCACCACCACCAUCACCUCCUCCUUCACCUCCACCACCACCAUCACCUCCUCCUCCAUACAUUUACAGCUCACCACCGCCACCACCAUAUUACUAUUAAACAAGAUCACUGUUUAUAUAGACUUGGGAGGGUGUUGUCCGAAGUUAUAUGAAAGGAAAAACAACAUGAGUUGCCAAAUUACAAAUAAUCAAAAUAUUCCAUAGGUCUUGAAAGCAGAACCCUUUUCUUCAACAAUAAGGCUAACUCCAUGUUGAUUUAUGUGGAUGCUUUAGAGCGCUGGUGAACUUUUUAUAAUUUUCUGUUCGGAACUAUUUGAAUACAUGGAUGUUUGAAUUUCAAAUUGUAAUAUCUAUUACUUUAAUAAGACACAUAAUCCGAAUGAAAAAUA